AUGGCGCCGGAUAUCAGGAACUUUUUUGGGCCGAAGGGAGGCCAGGCUGCAGCGCCAAAGCCAGCUAAGCCAGCUACUAAGGCAUCAGAGGAUAAGUCGAAUCCUCGAAAAAGAAGAAGUAGGAAAGUCAUCGAGGAUAGCGAUGAAGACGAGGAACCCGUUAAAGCACCCCCAAAACCACAGCCCAAGAAGAAGCAAAAACCUGAAGAACCAAAGGCCGAGCCUACCACUACAUCUGAGUACUUUAGCUUGAGCAAAAAGAGCCGCAAGCCAAGCGCAGCUCCAGAUAAUAAGCAACCCAAUUCAAAUGGUCAGGAGAAGAAGACCCUAGCCACUCGUGAGAGCCCACGGAAAUCCACUAGGAGCGCACCCUCCAUUGAAAUUCAUCCGCCGCCACCUUCAAAAGAAAUAAAGAAGCUUCAAAAAGCUGAACGGAUAAUUGAUACCGAGGAUCACCUUGGAGGAGACGACAUUUUUGCUUCGGAAUUUCAGAAGUCCGGAAAGGGCGAUGAUGACUACCAAGAAGAAGACGAAUCGGAUGGUUUUGAUGACAUAGUUGUAAAACCUCCAACUGCGUCAGAGAUACCUAAAAAGGAUACAGCUCCAAAAGCAGAAAGAAGAGUGCAGAAGCGAAAAUCAGCUGUGUUGAGCGAAGAUGAAGACGAGAGCGAGGAUGACGGUGGAAAAAAGAAGAAGGCAACCAAGGCCCGCGCUCCUAAAACCACAUCUAAAUCCACACCUAAAAAACCUAGGGCGGCUAAGACCGACCAACCGGAAAGCAAAGAGAUACAAGAUAUACUCAAUAGUAUCCCUGAAGUCAAGGCCCCAUCACCACCUACUGCGACGAAGAAGUUUAACUUCGUUGCGGCUGCUCAACGCGCCCAGUCCAACGGUACCAUUGACGAUGCAGACCUGCCUGUUGGAGAGCCGAACUGUCUUGCCGGGCUCUCUUUCGUUUUUACUGGCGUUCUCGAUUCUCUUGGUCGGGAGCAGGGACAGAAUCUCGUGAAAAAAUUCGGGGGCAAAAGCAUGUCAGCUCCAAGUUCAAAAACGAGCUAUGUGGUACUGGGUAAUGAUGCUGGUCCAAAGAAAUUGGAAACCAUUCAGAAAUAUAAACUCAAGACAAUCAACGAAGAGGGUCUGUUUGAACUGAUUAGGAAGCUCCCUGCAAACGGAGGUGACGGAAAGGCUGCCCUGCAAUAUGCCGAAAAGAAGAAGGCCGAGGAACAAAAGAUCAAAGAGAUGGCUGCGGAGAUUGAUCGGGAAGAAAAGAAGCGUGCGGCGGCGUCUAAGGCCUCAGCUCCCUCCGUUUCUAACGCAGGAACCAAGGCGAAGAGUACCAGUGAUAAAGGUGAGGCAGUUGAUGAUCGGCUUUGGACUACAAAAUAUGCACCCACAUCUCUUAGCAUGAUUUGUGGAAACAAGGGCACUGUUGAAAAGCUGCAAACCUGGUUGCGUAACUGGCACGCAAAUGCGAGAGCCAACUUCAAGAAACCCGGCAAAGAUGGUUCAGGAACCUACCGCACUGUCAUGAUACAUGGCCCACCGGGAAUUGGAAAGACAACCGCUGCGCAUCUGGUUGCAAAGCUUGAGAAUUUUGAUAUUGUGGAAACAAAUGCCAGUGAUACCCGAAGCAAGAAGCUGCUCGAGACCACCUUACGUGGAGUUCUUGAUACCACCUCUCUUCAAGGGUACUUCUCUGGCGAGGGUAAGAAAGUUGAGCCUGGGAAGAAGAAUCUGGUAUUGAUCAUGGAUGAAGUUGACGGAAUGUCUGCCGGUGACCGUGGUGGUGUUGGUGCUGUGGCCGCCAUUGCAAAGAAAACUAGGAUUCCCAUUAUCCUUAUUUGCAAUGAGAGAAGGCUUCCGAAAAUGAAACCUUUUGAUCAUGUCACAUUCGAGUUACCGUUUAGGAGACCAACGGCCGAGCAAAUCCGUGCUCGCUUGUUUACCAUAUGCUACCGUGAAGGCAUAAAGAUAUCACCUCAAGUUCUCGAUGGCCUCAUCGAAGGCACUCAUGCUGAUAUCCGCCAAGUAAUAAACAUGUUGUCAACAAUAAAACUUAGUACCAACAACCUUGACUACGAUCAAGGCAAAGAAAUGUCAAAGGCCUGGGAGAAGCAUGUUAUCCUCAAGCCUUGGGAUAUUGUUGGGAAGAUCCUCAGUGCGCAGAUGUUUGCACCCAGCUCAAAGGCGACGCUCAACGAUAAGGUUGAACUUUAUUUCAACGACCACGAGUUCAGUUAUCUGAUGUUACAGGAGAACUACCUGAAAACAAACCCAAUGGCCGCCAACUCCUAUAGCGGCAAGGAGAGGCAGUACAAGCUUCUUGAGUUGGCCGAUAAGGCUGCAGAGAGUAUCAGUGACGGUGAUUUGGUGGAUAGAAUGAUCCAUGGCUCACAACAGCAAUGGAGCCUCAUGCCAACACAUGCCGCCUUCAGUUUUGUGAGGCCAGCCAGUUUCAUGGCUGGAAACAUGACUGAUAGAGUCGGGUUUACUAGCUGGCUGGGAAAUAACAGUAAACAAGGUAAAAUGGCUAGGCAAGUCAAGGAGAUUCAGGGCCAUAUGCGACUUCGUGCAUCUGGUGACAGACACGACGUUCGGCAACAGUACAUGCCCGUAAUCUGGAACAAGACGGUCCGAAGAAUGGAGGUUGACGGCAAGGAUGCCGUUGACGACGUUAUUGACUUUAUGGACAGCUACUUCUUAACCAAAGAUGAUUAUGACUCUAUCACUGAGCUGGGCCUCGGCCCCAUGAAUGAAAAGAACAUCAACAUACACUCUCAAACGAAGGCUACCUUCACACGCCUAUAUAAUCAACGCUCGCACCCUCUGCCCUUCAUGAAGGCAUCUAGUGUUGUGUCAUCCAAGAAACUCCCCAAGGAGAAACCAGACUUGGAGGACGCUAUCGAUGAAUCUGACGAUGCUGAGGAGAUACUUGGAGAGGAAGAAGUUAAGGAAGAAGAAAGUGACUUGGACUUGAAGAAGGAUAAGUAUGUCAAGGCCGCAAAGACCAAGAAGGCUGGGGGUGCCACGAAGAAAGCCGGUACAACAAAAGCAAAACCUAGGAAGAAGAAGGUGAUAGAUGAAGAUGACGAAGAUGUCGAGGAGUCUGAGGAUGAGGCUCCUAAGAAGCGAGGCCGGAAGCCAAGGGCCAAAGGCAAAGCCUAA